CAGCCAUGGUCUGGUUCCUCGCCUCCCUGUUGAAAAUGGACUUCCUGCUCCUGCUGCUCACCUUCAGCGCUGCCUCUCAGACGUGCCACCAUACAGGAGAACCGUGUCCAACUGUGUGUGCGUGCUCCUCUUCAGGAACUUCAGGACUGGAAGUGAGCUGCUCCAACGCCUCCCUGACCCACUUCCCCACCGAGUGUCUCCCUCUGGACACCAGGGAACUGUCCAUCCAGUCCACUAACCUCAGCGAGAUAACGGCGAGUCAUCUCAGGGGUGUUCCUCAGCUGAAGAACCUUCAGCUCUACCACAAUAAACUGAAGCUUCUUCCAGCAGAUAUCCUGAGACAUGUCUCCAGCUUGGAAGUUCUGGAUCUCACUGGGAACCAGCUGGUUAGUCUUCCACCGAACAUAUUCCACCACUCCGCCCUUAGGAGUCUGAUCCUCAAGAACAACUUGAUGGAAAAACUAGACGCAGAGUGGUUUUCUGACAACAACGCCCUCACCUGGCUGGACUUGUCCGUGAAUCGUCUUGCAGAGCUCCCUCACGCUUUUCUUCAAAACCUGAAGCAUCUCAAGAUCCUGGACUUGAGUCAGAACCAGCUCAGAGUGAUACCCCCCGACUCUCUGAAGAACCUCCUCCACCUUGAAACCCUCAACCUCUCUGGGAAUAAACUCAGCACCCUCAAUGCUUCCACCUUCUCCCACAACAGGAGACUUGUCCAGCUGUUCCUGCAGGAGAAUGACCUCCACCAUCUGCCUGCAACCAUCUUCCAGGGUCUCCACGGACUUGAGAUGAUCCUCCUGACCCAGAACAAGUUACAGCAUCUGAAUUUUGGACUAUUAGACGACCAAAACUCCACACGUUUUCAGUUGCUGCUAUCGAUGAACCACUGGAGCUGUGACAGACAGAUUGAGUAUUUGUGGAAGUGGAUUUGUGACCACCCACAUAGAGUUGUGUUUUUGCAGGAGGUCCUGUGUUCUGGACCUGCAGCUCUGGAGAACAGACAAGUUGUGUCUUUAACACGUGCUGAGAUAAUGUCAUGAUAAAUAAAGGAUUCAAAAACA